ACAGCUUUAUGCAACAAGAGCUUUUCGGGAUUCCUCAUCAGACUCAAUCGGACGGUAUCUCACGCUCCCCUCGAACCCAUCGUCACCAUGGCUUUCAGCACCAUGAUCCGAGUGAACACGCUCAAAGCUCUCUGCCGCAAUCACCGUUUCUCGUUGGAAAUUCGGGCUCCGCGCCAGAAGACGAUAGCACCAGCGUUAAUGACGCAGGCGUUGAUCCAAGUUUUGUCCAGGAACGAUUGCGCCGACUGAAUGACGCCUGGGAGGAGCCGGACACCACGCGGCCCAAGGUUCCAGGCCAACGUAUAUACGAAUAUGAGAAUGCAUUGUCCCUAACGGCACUUAGACAAAGCUCAGGCUUCAAGGUUGCCAAAAGUGUCGGCACACGCGUCGAUGGCAUCCACCUCGCCCAUUUCCCUAACGAGAUUCUAACGCAAAUUCUGUCCCACUUGCAUCCCGACUCACACGCAUCUGUAGCUUUGGUAUCAAAACGCUUCUAUGCCUUGAUCACGACCCCUCAUGCAUGGCGCAUGGCUUUCCAGCCUAGGAAGCCGCAAAGCCUGCGGCGGGGUCAAGACGAUUUGAAUGACGUACGUUCAGAAACACGCUAUUUCACGCGUCUUACGCCACAUGCCUCCUGGCGCAGCGAUCUUGCGAGGGGCAAACCAGGGACGAGUUUGGCCGGCAUUAGCUCCUCGAGAAACAGCAAGUCUGGUAGAAAGACGAGCGCGGUUUUGACCUAUAACACGAAGCUCCCAGCGGUGGUAACCCAUAUCCAUGCCGUCUUCAAGUCCAGCGGGAAGAAACCGCCCCGGGCCAUUCACGGAGCCUCGGACAUGGGCGUCGGCAGCGCUAGUGACCCUACCAGCGGAAAGCUGGAGAAAUGGGGAUUGGAUGAACUGUUUAGCUUCGUCCAACUAGAGGACCUCAUACCUCAACCCCUGCCUUAUGGGGUCGGCGAAGGUUCCACUGUAGUUCCCAAUGUCAUGGACGUUAGUCAACCGCAUGGUCUUGUUGGUGGGGAGGGGAUCCCUGGCGGCAGCGUCUUCUACCGCCCGGCUGGCGAGUUUCGAGGGAAGUAUCUGGGUCGAGAAACAGGGAUAGGCGAAGCUCAUCCUGAUAUCCCGAGGAUACCUGAACUUACCGAAGCCAUCUGCUCAGUCUGGAUCGCCAAGUCGUCUCCCAUUCUUUCCACGACCCAGUCAAUGGUUGGAAUUAUGACCGGGUCUUCUUUAGGCGUUGUGACAACGUUUGCCCUUGGCAACGAUCCGUCUGGGCCACGAUACAAUGGAGGAGAGAUGAGCGCUCGCUGGGUACUCAGUCCAGGCGUGCCUAUCGUUGCACUCAAAGUUGACGAUGGCUAUAACCAAAAACGGAGAGCCCUCGGGCGGGUGUGGGCGGUCGCUCUGAAUGCACUCGGCGAGAUAUAUUACUUAACCCAGUCGCCGACCGCCCCUAUAAGCAAGGUUCGGGCUCGCGAUAGCGUUAAGCUUGCGUGGUACGCAGGCCGCUCGACUACUUGGCACUUGGUGGAGGCCACUCGACAACAAGCACGUCCCGACGAGUCGGGCGAAAACGCCGUUUUUAGUGCCAACUCGUCGAGAUCUUCUUCGAAUAAUGCGGGCACGACCGAAGAUCAGAUGAUCGCGGAAGCCCGCGAAAUAGAAAGGUUCAUGCGCUACAAGCCAACGCAUUUCCGCAAGGCAUGCUACGGAUGGGAUAUGCGCCGGAAGCUUGAGGUUGACUUUGGUGGCGACGAUGGGCAUGGCGCCGGUGAAAGCAUAUUGGUCAUCGACUGCGGGCUGGAGGACAACCAAACCUCGGCUAUCAGGCGGUUUUGCCGCAGUAUCACAAUCCAAGCCCAACCCGACUCCCAGGAAUCCCUAGCGGAGACGAUAUCUAGCCCCUCUAUAUUUGGCGGAGGGGGUGUUAAAUCUUUCGUCUUUAACUCACACAGCUCACCCUUAGUCGAACAAGUCUCAUCGUCCUCGGGCAAGCUUUCACCCUCAAAUACGGCUAGUUUCGCACAAUCAAACACGGAUGAUUGGCUGCAAACGCACUUCUACUCGAAGGACCUAGGGAAUUCUCAGGUGACCACAAGCAGCAUAGAUAACUCACAGCUUGCCCUCAUCGCGGCUUUUGAAGAACCCUCGAAAGACGCAGCAAGUUUCGCCUCGGAUGUGCAGACGACGCCAACGGGACAAUCACUAUCGGACAUACCUGGCAGGCGAGCGAGACUUCUCGGAGUAGGCACCAACAAAGGGAAGAUAGUACUAUGGAAUAUGAGGGAACCUCAUACCGGCGACGGCUUGUUCCCUGUCAGAGUUAUACGGACGGAAUCGCCAGAAAUUUCGUCCCUGGCUCUCUCUGCCCUCCACCUCGUACACGGCGGUAGCGACGGACUAGUCCAGGCUUGGGAUCCUCUGGCUUCUGCGACGGGCCCAAUUCGGACCAUCAAUUCGCGUUCUCCCGGCCGCGCACUUCGUCACCAGCUCUCUGCCAAUCCUACAUUAGAUACCACAAACCAUUCGGCUGCUGGAGCGAUCUAUCUGGAUCCUGAUCCGACUGUUCUUCACGGAAUGGUAGCUGUUGGAACCUUCGUACGUCACAAACGUCGACAACGCCACUCAGACAUCCAUGGUCGAACGAUUGGCCGACGCUACGGUGGUGGUGUCGAAAGCUACAUUGCCGCCGAAGCUGAAGAGCUUCGCGACGAACAACAACACGAGGCGCAAGAAAAGGCCCGCCUUCGCUCCCGCUUUGGCGUCGGUUUCGGCAGCUUGACAGAGGAGGAAGCCUUACGCUACGCUGAGAUAAUAUCUCAGGAGUCUUUUCUCGUCGAUGAGCGGCGCCGUGUAAGUAUCAGUGACACGGGCUCGGCUGCAGACUUCGAUGGCAGCUCCACUACGGGUAGUACCAUUACCCCUGACCCCAGUGUUUCCGGUCCAAGUCCUCUAUCGAACAGCUCCAACACGCAUAUCGACGCGACUGACGAGAGCGAGUUUGAGCACCAGAUUCAAACCGCUAUUCGUUUAUCGCUCCUAGAAGGUGUCGGUGAGGCGGGCAAAUCACCGAGAGCCUGUAUCAUUGGGGAGUACGACGUCCCAAUCGCAACCAAAGCCAGGGAAAGCACAAGAUCUUCGUCUAGCUCGCCAUCGCGAGUUCACCCUACUUUGGUCCCGAGAGCCGCGUCGUUAAACACCAUCGCAACCAGCUCUGCGAUCGUCGUGGAUGACGAUCUAGAGCUCGCGCUGCAGCUCAGUUUAGCUGAGGAAGAGAGCAGAAAGUUAAGCAUGGCUACUCGGAAGACUGAAGAGGACGAGUUCCCUGCUCUUGGAAGCGCCUUCGACAAGGGGAAAGGAAAGGCGGUCUAA